GGGACAUUUGCCUCUGAACAGGCCAACCUUUGAUCUCUAUAUAAAGCAACUUAUGUAAGGCAGGGUAACAUGUUGCUCCAGUAUUAACAAGCUGUGGUGAGUCUUUCUCGUCCUCCACACAGGACAAAAUGACGAAAGACUAUUCUUUGGAGAGGAACGGUACUCGAGGAGUCUCUUUUAUAGAAGACAGUUUCCGAAAGAGAAAUGGAUCCGCGGCCUCCAGUACAGGACCUGCCAGUUCCGACAACAGAGAAAGAGCACACUCCCUGUUCGGAAAAUACAACCAGAGCGUACAGACCCUCAAACCCUUCCGCUGGUCCUCCUCCCAGUCCCACCCUCUGGACAAUGCCGGUUUCUUGUCCUUUACAACCUUUGCCUGGAUGACCCCCAUGAUGUGGGCCUUGUUCAGGAAUAAACUGGACAUGAGCUCGCUCAACCUGUCUCCUUUGGAUGUAGCCGACAUCAGCGGAGAAAGGCUCCAAAGACUCUGGGAGGAAGAAGUGGCCAAUGUGGGCCUGAAGAAAGCCUCUGUGGUUCGAGUGAUCCUUCGCUUUCAAAAAACCAGGUUGAUUCUGUCCGUCUUUGUUGGCGUCCUUUCCAUGAUGGCAGCAUUUGUGGGACCGGCUGUUCUGGUCUAUGGGAUCCUAAACUACACUCAGGCCCCAGAGAAUUCCACACUACUCCAUGGAGUUGGUCUGUGCGUCGCUUUGUUCGUCUCAGAGUUCUUCAAAGCCUUCCUAAUAUCCUUGCUGUGGGCGGUGAACUUGCGCACUGCAGUCAGACUGAAGGGCGCCUACUCUUCAGUGGCCUUUCAGAAAAUCAUCUCUCUGCGGGUGCAGAGCGGCAUUACAAUGGGAGAGAUGAUCAGUGUUUUAACCAGCGAUGGCCACAGGUUAUUUGAGGCAGUAUUGUUUGGGAGCUUCAUAUUGUCCACCCCGGUGCUCUUUAUUAUGUGUGUUAUCGCUGCCUGUUAUGUUCUGGGCUACACCGCACUGACUGGAGUCUGCACCUACGUCAUCUUCUUGCCCAUACAGUUUGGCUUGGCCAAGCUCAUUAACAUAUUCAGAUGGAAAACCGUAUUGAUAACAGACUGCCGUGUUCACACAAUGAAUGAGAUUCUCAACAGCAUCAAACUAAUCAAGAUGUACGCCUGGGAAGAAUCCUUUGAGGAGAAGAUCAUAGACCUCCGGAAAAAUGAGAAGAAACAACUGCUGAGGGUCGGUUACGUCCAGAAUGCCAAUACCAACAUCACCAGCAUCAUCCCCACCCUUGCCACCGUUCUCACCUUCAUUGUACACACUUCGCUGCACUUAGAGCUCAACACGCCUGAUGCCUUUACCACCAUCGCCAUCUUCAACUCCAUGAGGUUCUGCCUGGCUUUACUGCCCCUGUCUGUGAAGGCCUUGGCUGAAGCUGCUGUAUCACUAAGUCGCCUUAGGAAAAUAUUGAUGAUCCAGAAUCCAGAAACCUACCUGAUCCAGAGAAAAGGAAGUGACUCAGCCAUAGUGAUGAAAAAUGCUACACUUUCCUGGACAAAACCAGCCAGCGAGCCAGAUCCCCCACCCAGCUCAGCCAAUGGGGUGAAGGGACACAAAGUGGAGGGAGUGUUCCAGAAUGGGAAGAGUGAAACCUUGCCAACCCUGAGAAACAUUUCCCUCACACUGCCUAAGGGCAACCUGCUUGGUGUCUGUGGCAACGUGGGGAGUGGAAAGACAUCACUGGUUUCCAGCAUUUUGGAACAGAUGCACCUUCUGCAGGGCUCCCUCACAGCUGAUGGGACGUUUGCCUAUGUCUCCCAGCAGGCCUGGAUAUUCCAUGGGACUGUUCAAGAGAACAUCCUGAUGGGGGAACCUUUCGACCAGUCCAAAUACGACAGAGUUUUGGAUGUCUGUAGCCUCAGAGCUGAUCUGACAAUCUUCCCAUAUGGUGAUCAAACGGAGAUUGGAGAGCGAGGGCUGAAUCUGUCAGGGGGGCAGAAGCAGAGGAUCAGCGUGGCCAGAGCUGUCUAUUCCAAUAAAGACAUCUUCCUGCUCGACGAUCCACUAUCUGCUGUCGACGCCCAUGUGGGGAAACACAUCUUUGAAGAAUGCAUUAAGAAGGAGCUUUGUGGAAAAUCGAUCAUACUGAUUACACACCAGCUCCAGUAUCUGGAGUUCUGCGAUAACAUUUUGGUUCUGGAGGAUGGCGAGGUGCGGGAGGCUGGAAACCACCAGGCCCUGAUGAAAGACAACGGACGCUACGCUCAGCUCAUCACCAACUACCAGAUGGAACAGUCCAAAAGUCAGAAUGAGGAGGAGGAAGGUUCGCCCCAAGACGCUGCCACGCUGAAGGACGUUGUGCUAACAGAUAGCACAGAGAGCGGCUUAGUGAACCCAGCGUUCGACAUGUCAGACGAAAAGGACGAUGCAACGACAGCUGACCAAAAAUCUGUUGUGGGUGACCAGCUGGUCAGUCAGGAGUCCGCGACGGAUGCUGCCAUCUCCUGGAGAGUCUACCAUCAAUACUGCAAGGCAGCUGGAGGCUACAUCGUCUGCUUCCUCACCAUCCUGAACAUUGUCCUGAUGAUUGGAUCUACAGCCUUCAGCAACUGGUGGCUCAGCUUCUGGCUGGGGCAGGGUGAUGGGUCAUUCAAUAACACAACUUUAAACCAGGGUGACGUCUCACAAAACCCAGACCUGCACUUCUACCAAAUGAUUUAUGGCGUGAUGAUGCUCGUCAUGGUGACACUUGCCAUCAUCAAAUGCUUCUCCUACACUAGGGUCACCUUGAACGCCGCCUCCAUACUCCACAACACCAUGUUCAAGAAGAUUUUCUCCAGUCCCAUGAGUUUCUUUGACACGACGCCAGCAGGCCGUAUUCUCAACCGCUUCUCCAAAGAUCAAGAGGAGGUGGACUCUGUGCUUCCCUUCCACAUGGACCCUUUCUUUCAGUUUUCUCUAAUGGUCACCUUCACCAUUAUCACCAUCGCAGCUGUCUUCCCCCCCAUGCUGGUAGCUGUGGUUGUUAUGGGAGCUUUGUUCACCAUCAUUCUCUUCAUGUUCCAGAGGAGUGUCCGUCAGAUGAAGAGGAUGGAGAACAUCAGUCGAUCUCCCUGCAUCUCUCUCACCACCUCGACCCUGCAGGGCCUCAGCACCAUCCAUGCCUACAACAUAAGAGACAGCCACAUAAAACUGUUCAAGUCACUGAAUGACAUCAACUCCAACCACUACCUACUGUUUCACUGUGGGACACGUUGGCUCUCCUUCUGGCUGGACUUCAUGGCUUGCAUCAUGACCUUGUUGGUGUCUUUGUUCGUCGUGCUCAGCAGUAAUGACUUCAUCAGUCCGUCUAUGAAAGGCUUGGCCAUGUCCUACACCAUACAGCUGACAGGCAUGCUUCAGUACGUAGUGAGACAGUCGACUGAGGUGGAGGCGAGAUUCAACUCGGUGGAGCGGCUGCAGGAAUACAUCACUGGUUGUAAGUCUGAGGCGCCCAGACACGUAAAGGAUGCUCAAGUCCCUCAGGACUGGCCAAAGAGCGGAAGUAUCACCUUCCAGGGCUAUAAGAUGAGGUACAGAGAGAAUACACCCAUUGUCCUGAACGGGCUCGAUUUUUCCAUCCGGGGUGGAGAGAAGCUGGGCAUUGUGGGAAGGACAGGCUCUGGGAAGUCCUCUUUAGGCGUGGCUCUGUUCAGGCUGGUGGAGCCAGCAGCAGGAACCAUCCUGAUAGAUGGCGUGGACAUUAUGGCCAUUGGUCUGCAGGAUCUGCGCAGCAAAUUAUCGAUCAUCCCCCAGGAUCCUGUGCUAUUUAUUGGCACAAUCAGGUACAACCUAGACCCCUUCAAUAACUACAAUGAUGGGGAGAUCUGGGCGGCGCUGGAGAAGACCUACAUGAAGGACUCGAUCUCCAGACUGGAGGGGAAAUUACAGGCACUGGUGCUGGAGAACGGAGAGAACUUCUCUGUCGGAGAAAGACAACUGCUGUGUAUGGCUAGAGCUUUACUCCGCAACUCCAAGAUCAUUCUAUUGGAUGAGGCAACAGCAUCCAUUGAUGCAGAGACAGACGCCUUGAUCCAGAACACCAUCAAAGAAGCCUUCCAGGACUGCACCAUGCUCACCAUCGCCCAUCGUAUCAACACUGUGACGCACGCAGAUCGUAUUCUGGUUAUGGACAACGGAGAGGUGGCAGAGUUAGACCCUCCAGAUGUGCUGAAGCAAAGACCAGACUCGCUGUUCUCCUCACUCCUCACUGCUGCUAACACUGUGAACACCUGAACCACAGAGGCCCUGUGGCACCACAGCACCACUACACACAUUUAUACCUGUAACAUGAUAGUAGUUAUUCAAGUACACCACCUAUAUUAACCACACCUCUCAUAUUGUAAUCUGGACUGGUGUGCUUGUAUCAGUUGUAACUGAGCAGCAGAGAUGGGGCUUCUACAGAAGCUCUGAGAGGCAAGUGAGAAAGAAUAAAUUGGGUGAUCUGUUUUCUAAGUCUGAUCUAAUUUUUGAAAGUUUUUUUCCUGUGUUUGUGACUUAAGAACAGGCCAAAAGAAAGGUAUGACAGUAAUGUAACAUAACUUGCUAACACCCAUUAUAUGUACUAAGUUUAGAGUGCAUGGAGAGAUUACAACUCACCUGAAAGGAAACAUUAAUGCUUUUAUUCCUAUUUAGAACAUGUGUAUGUCAGCCUCUUGCGGCCAAAAUGAGUAUUACAACAACAAACACAGAAAAUGUGUAAACUGUGUAAAUAGUGAUGUAUUUAUCUACCCUGUCUGCUGAAACAAAUACAUGGACAAUGUUAUUUCAUAGGAUUUUUAAAGAAGUGUCUAUGAAUGUAUAUUUAUUUAUUGAUUUUCUAUGUCUUUGUUUACUGACACUUUGCAAACUUCUGUGUGAAGUUUUGAUUUGCUGGGUGAAAAUGCACCACAUGUACAGUAUAUGCAAAACAUUUUGAAAUAGCUAUUGCAUAUAUUCAUCAUAUUUAAAUAGAAUAUAGAGUAUACUGUUGUAACUCAUGUAAGAUAAACUGACUGCAGACAAUGUUGCUGCUUGCA